AUGGAGAAGUUCCAACACCUUUUGCGAGAAAAAGAAGAUCAAUUGAACCGGGCCGCUGCCCUUUCCAACCUUCAACCUAAGCUCGAAGCGGCGAAGGCCGAAAACCUUAGUUUGAAGGCCGAGUUGGCCGAAAUAGUUGAAAAGAACUGGCUCUUGGAAGCGGAUAAGGCCGGCCUUAGCCAAGAAAAUGCUCGUUUUUCUUCGAGGCUCGGUGAACUCGAGGCCACUAUCUCUCAAAUUCGAAGUGAGCUUGAUUCGGUUAAGGCCGAUGCCGUGAAGAUGGCAGAAAGGCAUCGGCUGCUUGAAUCCGAGAACGUUAAGGAUAAGGAGAAGUUGAGGGUAGUUGAACAGAAAGCCGAGGAUCGGUCCCGGAUAUGUGACGAGCUCAAAAGAAAAUUCGAGGAGGCAGCCAAGGCCAAUGACAUUCUUUAA